AUUUUUAUUUCUUGUUUUGAAACAGAGGCGUCCUACUACUCUAGAUGGUUUCCUUUCUUUUAUUUUGAGCUCCACGACCGAAUCUUCAUUUUGAAUACUCUAUACUCUACUAGCGGAGCCUGUCUUUGUAGAAAGUAAUAUUUCCUUUUUGUUGAUAAAUUAGCGUACGAGGUCUUUCGAUCGAAAACAAAAUGACUGGAGCUUCUCUUCUCAGAUAUUUUUGUCUUGGUUAUAAUUAUCCGUGCCUCCUCGAUCGAGCCCAUCCCGUGUUAGUGAGAUUGUUCUUUCUGGAAGUUAAACAACUGCUCUUCUUCUUCUUCUUCUUCGUCCUUCUAGAUGGCGCUAAGCUCGGCAAUGCAGCUGGAUAUUUGAAGGAUACGGGUAUACUCCAUCACAGAAUGUUGCAAACAAACAACACCAGAUUAAGAGUAUGCUUAUGGCUUGCUGUCUGUGUGGCAGAAUUGUUUGCCAUACCGUUUAUACCGGCAUACACUGACGAACAAGAUGUUUAUGCUAUUAAUAACUUGUACGCUGCAUUGGAUUCGCCUCCUCUUCCUGGGUGGACUACAUAUGGAGGAGACCCCUGUAUUGAAGCCUGGCAAGGUGUCCAAUGUACUGACUCACAUGUAACAGCAAUAGUACUUAAUGGGGCGAAUUUGGGUGGACGAUUGAGUGAGACUUUAGUGAACUUCACCUCCAUGAUAACAAUAGAUUUGAGCAAUAACCAUAUCGGUGGAACUGUACCAGAAAAUUUACCUCGUACGAUGAGGAAGUUUUAUCUUUCAGCCAAUCAGUUGACAGGAAGUAUCCCAAGUUCUUUGUCAGAGCUAACACUUAUAUCUGACAUGUCACUAAGUGGCAAUCUUUUAACAGGAGAAUUGCCGGAUGCUUUUCAAAUGCUGAGUGGACUAGUAAAUUUGGAUAUUUCUUCCAACAAUUUGCAUGGGCAGCUGCCUUCUUCGAUGGAGAAAUUGUCCUCUCUUACUACCUUGCAUCUGCAAGAUAACCAGCUAUCUGGGACUCUAGAUGUAUUGGAGAAUCUACCAUUAAAUGAUUUGAAUAUAGAGAAUAAUUUAUUCUCAGGCCCUAUCCCAAUGAAGAUGCUAAAUAUCCCAAAUUUUCAAAAGGAUGGUAACCUAUUCAAUGCUUCUGUUUCUCCCUCACCCAUGGCACCGCAAGGAUCAUCACAAUUUUCAGAUGUUCCAGCUCCUCAAUAUAUGCCUGCAAGUCCUACUAACAUUCCUUCUGUACAAGAUGAUGGUCUUACAUAUAAAACUAAAAAUGUUUUACUGAUGAAACUCAUCGGGUCUGUUAUUGGCGCCAUGAGCUCACUUACUGUUGCAAUGCUAAUAGCUAUAUUUUGCACAUUAAAAUGGAAAGAGAGGAAAUUACAAUAUACUGGAUUUUCUAAAAGACCGGCCCUACACGAAGGUGAAAGGCCAAAGGAGCCCCUAAAUACUGGCCUGAUCAAACAAAAUAAGGAAGCUGAGAAAGUUCCAGAAGAAAGUGCUCAAAACCAAAGGGAGCAUAAGAUUAAUAUGGCAGGGUCAAAGUCGCUUCUUGUGCCACCACUGGUUGAGAAAAACAUUAGAGGUCCUAUUGUUUUAAAUGGAACAUCUCAAAGGAUUCCUGCAAAACAAAAUCCUCCAACAACGAGAUCCUUUUCUAUUGCAGUACUACAACAAUGCACCAACAAUUUCAGUGAAGAAAAUUUGAUUAGUUCGGGCAGCUUAGGUCAGAUUUAUAUAGCAGAGUUCCCUGAGAAAAAGUUAUUUGCAGUGCUGAAGCUUGAUGAUUUCAAUUCAAUGAUACCGGCUGUUGAUUUUUUGAAGCUGGUAGAAAGCAUCUGUGAACUUCAACAUCCCAAUGUUGUUGAGCUUGUGGGCUAUUGUACUGAGUUUGGACAGCGAUUACUUGUUUAUCGUUAUUUCAGUAGAAGUACUCUAUAUGGCCUACUCCACUUUGACAAUGAUCCCUCAAAGAAGCUAUCAUGGAAUGCUCGAUUGAGGGUAGUCCUUGGAGCAGCAAAAGGCUUAGAGUAUCUCCAUGAAGGUUGCCAGAAACAGGUCGUGUAUCGAUAUUUUGAGCCUGGCAAUGUUCUUAUUAAUGAUGAAUUAGCAGUACGCCUCUCUGGCUGUGGUCUGGCUUUAGUGAUGUCACCAGAAUCUAGGACUCAGUUGUCAGGUAGCAGUCAUGCCUUUUCAAGUUAUGAGGCCCCCGAACUCAGUCAGUCUGGGUCAUGGAGUGAGAAGAGUGACAUUUACAGCUUUGGAGUAGUCAUGUUAGAACUCCUUACUGGGCGUAAACCAUAUGACAGCUCACGACCUAGAGAGGAGCAAAAUCUUGUGCGUUGGGCUAACUCUCAGCUUCAUGACAUGGAUGCACUGGCAUAUAUGAUGGAUCCUUCAAUUCAGGGAGAGUUUCCUGUAAGAUCAUUAUCGCGGUUUGCAGAUAUUAUCUGUCGUUGCAUACAGCAUGCACCAGAGUUUAGGCCACCAAUGUCUCAGGUCGUGCAAGAUCUUGCUCUAGUGGUAGAUGAUGCAAUGAAAACUACCGAUGAAAACCCUUAUGCGGUUAGACAAGAGACAACAGGAAGACCUACACUCAACUACUGGUGAAACAAAUCGUAGAAAGCUGGAUAAGCGGUAGUUGCUUGGUGGUAUAUCGGCUGUCGCCUGGCGGAUUUCUUACAAAUCCGAUGCUUGGUUUGUUUCAUUUGUCGUUUGGACCCAGAGACACUAAAGCAUCUUCACAGUUAUGAAUAAGAUAAUAUCUAUGUGUUCAGCUGCUAGCCAUGUAUAAAUUGUCGAACAUUGGUGGAUAAUGCUUUACUCAGUUAUGUAGCGCCUAAUGAACUAUCUAAAGCUGAAAAUGCAUUUUCACUUUUA